CCGUUCCGCGCGAAAGCGGAGCUGCGGAAAAGAAAAAAGGUUCAAAUCUACGGAGCUUGCACCUUCCAUCAACAGCUUUGUUUUGUCCGGACAAGAACAUCCCAGAACGUUGUGCUUGUUAAAUAGACAUUCCUCUCUCCGCCAUUGGUCCCUAAGCCAAGCUUGCUCUCCCUCGCUCGCCAACUCAGCUCUCCGCGACCUUCAAACAACGUCAUUGCCAACCUACAACCAACCGACCUGCACCAGACAAGACAUCGCCGCCACCAUGAACACGGUUAAAUCCUUCUGGCUGGGCUGGGGCUCCCUGUGUCUUGCCGGAGGAGGUGCCUACUUCUUCGCCAAGCGGAGCAUCAACGCCGACCGUCAGGCACGCUGGGAGGAUCAGAAGCGGAAGCGCGCCUACGUCGAGUCGCUUGAGCACAGCGGCAAUGUCCCAUCCCACCCGGGCUCGUCCUCCGCCAUGGGCGGCUCCAGCAGCACUAACAGCGCCCCGCCACGAACCGACACGGUAGGCUCGCCGAGCCAGGAGGCCAACACGGACCCAGCCCCGACGAGGCAUGCGCCUGACAGCGAAGACCAGCGGAUCGCCGAGAAGAGCAAGUACGAAAGCACUGCGCCAUUCAGGAGUCGCAAGGGCGACAGAUUUUCAUGAUUGGCACCGUCCCGGGAAGGGGAGAGUUUGGCGUGCGGGGCGACGAGUCUAUGAAUACCUAUUGGCCUUCAUACGGGAUGGGAGGCUGUCUAUAUGCCCCGACCGGGCGGCGGCAGCAAUAGCGAGCUGGCAUGGAUGGAUAGCCAUACUUUGGGAGCUGCGCGCUGGUGGAAGCCGACAGGACACAGGCGGGCCUCAAGAGGAUGGAAACCUCACCAGCGUGGUUGGGACCUUGUGGAUAGUGUAUAUUAACCAUCGACUCGCCCAGAGAUGUGGCCCAGUUGUGUAAAAUACAUUUCCCCUCAUCUGCUAGAUGGCCGGACCUCGCGCCAUUGAUCACGUCGUCACGAAAGAUGUGGCGAAGAAAUAGGGACGAAUUUGGUUGGUCAAGUUGCGGACUCGGGCUUGCAAGCUUUACCCGGCCUCCCGCGACCUACCCUGCAUCCUGGCCA